AUGGUAGAUAUCCGUUUUUCCGUUCGAGCAGACGUGCAACAGCGCACAGAACCCAUCGAAGCAGUCAUAGCCCAUUUCCGCAAACUUUGGGGUCGCUUUACCAAGAAUCGAUACACUACCUUCCUCACUUUGAUGUCAGCUUUGUUCGUGCUGACGCUCACCCGCGCCUUGUUCUCAGAACCCGUGACUGGACCUACCCCUGACCUUGUCAAGGUGGCCGGCCUGGCCAAGUCCUUUGAGCCUCUGAUGUACUACAGUGAGAAUGGCCACACCCAGGUCGUCCAGCUGGGCGAGACCGGUGUCGCCGUAUGGGACUUGGGUGAGAGUGUUCGCUCAACCAACAUGACCUCCGGCCCCAUCAUCGUGCGCGAACUCGACGAGCUUUCAGACAGCCUGAAGAACCUCGCUCAUGAGUUGACUCGCUUCUUUGCAGGAGUCGACGGCGAUAUCGACAGCAUCCUUAUCGUCAUGGAGUGGGCGCAGAGGGAGCUUACCAAGCUCAACACCUUGCCAGCAUCACACAUGUCGCUGGCCUUCUCGAACCUCCACUCUCUCUUGUCGCGAGUUGGUCUCCUUGAAGACCACCGGACAGGAGAGCAGACUGCUGUCGGCAAAAUCGUCGCUGAACUUNUUGGCCGAACCACACCACAAGUCACACGCGCCACUCUCCAACGCACCUUUACAGACUUCCUCGGCGUACUCGAAGAGAGCAUCAACAAUGAGUUGACUGCUAGCAUGAGCUUAUUCGCCCACUUUGAAGCCAUCGACCGUCAGUUCCUCAAUCUGCAACGCGUCGUCAUUCGCGAGACGGACGCCCAAGAGCGAGAAGAGAACGAGGCGCUGGCCUCGCUGUGGGCUCGUGUCAUUGGUGUCAAUGCUUCACGGCUGAAGAAGUUCGAGAAGAACAAGCAGCUCCUCUCUUCUCUUCGUGAACGAACUAUCCAGAACAAGCACGUCCUGGUCGACCAUAAUGGUCGUCUGCUCCAGCUCAGGAGCAAUCUUGAGAUCCUACGCAAGAAGCUGGUCUCUCCGCUUGUGAGGUCAAACGGUACCAGUACCCUUACUGUCGAUGAACAGAUCAAGGGGUUGGAAGGUACCUACCUCAGCCUGCGAGCCACGAGAGAAGCUCAGAAGAGUCGUCUCUACGAGAUCAUCCAUGACGCAGGUACAAGGAGGGUGGGCAUCGUGAGUGAGGGAUACGCUAUCGAAGGUCGUUAG